AUGACCGCCAUUGCCACCGUUGUACUUCCUUCCAUGUCCUCGACCAGCGACGUCGAGAAGCCGAAGAAGAAGGGGAAGAAGAAGUUCCAGAAGAUGAACGACAUCAACCAGGUCGACCUGCUUUCGCUCUUCUUCGCCCAGUACCAGACCUUCGAGGAGCGGUUCCAGCUGCGACCAACCACCACCACCACCUACGACGUCUACGAAGACGAGGCUGUUCUUCUCGAGCUGAACGUGGAGAAGAUGAAGAAGAAGGACAAGGGCAAGGAGAAGAUGACCGAGGAGGAAGAGCAGGCAGCUCGCGAGGAAGAGGAGAGCGGCGAAGAAGGUCUACUCAUUGACUCGCUACACGAAGACGAAGAUGAAGACGACACGAGCCUGGACCUCUUCAGCGACGAUCUCCACUGCUUCGACGACCAGGACGAAGUCGAGGCCUACCUCGAUCUCUUCGACGACGUAGAGGCCGAGGACUACGUCAACCACUACAACCUGCCCGACCUGGACCACUACGCCGGCCUCGACUUUGACAUGGUCGAGACCGACGACGACGUGGCCCUGGAGAACGAGGGCGAGCACUGGGAGCGCCGGGUCGUGUCUUCGAAGCUCGGGGGCCACGUCGUGCGACGCCACUCGCGCAGCCACAAGAAGCCGCGCGUGCGGCCCGGCCGGUGGGUCAACGCCCGCGAUGAGCGGAGGCGGUGCGAGCGCGUCGGCCUCGUGUUCGAGCAGGUGUGCGCCUACAAGGCCAACGCCACCCGCGGCCUCGAGUACCGCACCAUCGACUACCAGGCCAUCCGCCAGGACGUCGUCAUUCCUUCUACUUCUUCUUCUAUCUUCCAAGUCCGCUACUCGCACCACUACGCGCUCAUCUUCCUCGUCUUCGACCAACAACGGUCGAGUGCCGUCGUACGAGCGCGAGGUGACGUCGGCGAUCGACCGGGGCAGCGUGGUCCAGUGUGGUCUGUCGGCCCAGCAGCUCAACGACCUGCUCAACCGCGAGCUUACGCCGGAGGACUACGAGCUGCUGCUCAUGCUCGACUCGACGGUCAAGCCCAAGACCCUGUCGACCAACCUCAUCGACUCGUUCCCGUCGCGCACGGUGGAGCCUGGCUCGGCCCUGGUCGAGGGCGACGGCGAGCGCUGCGCGAUCUGCAUGUGCUCGUUCGAGGUGGGCGAGGGUGUCAAGGAGCUGCCCCGCUGCCAGCACUGCUUCCACGCCGAGUGCAUCGUCCAGUGGCUCAGCACGGCCUCCACCAAGUGCCCGCUCUGCGGCUGCUCUCUCGAGUCGUGAAUCCACGCAACGUCGUGAUCACCAUCACCUCGGUCCUCUCUCUUCUUCAACAUCGUCUCGCAUCGGCGUGGUCGUGUUGCCGGAGGAGGACAACCUGUACACUUUUGUCUCUACACACACCUACUCGAGAACCAGCACAACAACAACAGAGCGGUAAUAAAGCGCUUAUUAUUGCUACAUCAUCAUCACCUUGCUGA